CCGUUAACUUUUUAUUCAGGGAUCUCUGAUGAGGGACGGUCAUUAUAGAGCUUCCCUAAACGACAGUUGUUAUAUCGCUGCAUUCUCUGCCAGUAAACUGUCUUGUCCCUGCUGAUAGCUAGGUGUUGAUGUCGCUAUAGGAUAUGUAAAAGCUCUCCAUUCAACUGGAACUGGCUCUCCUGGCAACGUUCGCGUAAAACAAAGUAAGUUGGUUUAUGGUGUCUUUGUUGGUGUCCGUGGUGAUGAACAGUUGCGCUGAUUGAUUUUUACAUUAACUUUUUUUAAACAUAAAUUAAAUUAACUUUAUAAAUAAAUAAAUAAACGUAAAUUAAAAUAAUUUUAUAAAUAAAUAAAUAUUUAAAUUAAAUCUAACUUUAUAAAUAAACAUAAACUAAAACUAAUUUUAUAAAUAGACAUAAAUUAAAACUAACUUUAUGAAUAGAUAAACUUUAAAAAAAAAGUAGCUUUAUAAAUAAAUAAAGUUAAAUUACACUGUGCAACUUUUGGAAUAUGAAAUCACGUUGUACAUUUCUGCCCCAUUUUCGUUUGUGUUCACCUCGAAAUCUAGUUGACGAAAUGUCUGCGUUCACAAAGUCUCCAGCAGAUGAGAAGAAUGUCAGGAACUCAGUUUUACGUGGUGACGCGGCUGGCAGUAACAGAAGCUUGCAGACUCAAGGUGAGUUCACAUUCUAUCUGUAAUAGAUGUGUUAACAACAAUCGGUCAGGGUAAGAGCCUUUGACUUUUUGGAGACCUCCGGGUUUGGAGACCUCCGGGUUUGGAGACCUCCGGGUUUGGAGACCUCCGGGUUUGGAGACCUCCGGCCACUUUCCGGUUUUGUGCCUCCCGCAUUCAAAGUUGAUGGGGUCAAAUGUUUUCAGGAUCACAACUUUGGCCCUCUGAUCACAACUUUGGCCCUCUGAUCACAACUUUGGCCCUCUGAUCACAACUUUGGCCCUCUGAUCACAACUUUGGCCCUCUGAUCACAACUUUGGCCCUCUGAUCACAACUUUGGCCCUCUGAUCACAACUUUGGCCCUCUGAUCACAACUUUGGCCCUCUGAUCACAACUUUGGCCCUCUGAUCACAACUUUGGCCCUCUGAUCACAACUUUGGCCCUCUGAUCACAACUUUUUUUUUAACCUAAUAAAAUUUUUAUUGACUGUCCGCCACGGCAUAGACAAUAACACCCUCCCCCCCCCCACACACACACUUUUUCAACCUUCAAUUUUUUUCCACAUCAGUUUCCCCUUUGAUGGCGUACAUAUUGGACCUCCACCAACCUGCAAAAGAUGCAAUUCGACCAGGGGCAAAUUGUUCAAGUGCAGACGAGAUCGCAACUCACGGCAAAUUACCACCAAUAGCCAUGAGCAAGCUAAAUGAAUCACAUUUGACACCAUUAGACGCCCGCUCACAAACUCACGAAAGCCAGCCUGGCAACUUGAAAACAAAACCCUGGCUUCAUCUUUUUGGAGGUGGGCCAGUCCACGACCUACGAGAACUCACUCCGUACUCUAGCGGGUCAUGGCCAGCCCAUCAUCGCACGAGAUUUGUAAAGCCCGUUACAUUCCAGGGCAGUUUACGUCAAAUCUCAGACAAACUUGAUUUUAAAAGAGGCCAGGAUGGCUUUCCCGUGUUUGGUGUACCAUCUCCUUCAAUCAAAACAUGUUUGCAGCCGAUGAUCCCGCAUGCAAACAAUGGUUUCUAUGACAACACUAACCCGGCAUGGGGACGGCGAUAUUUCCCAAAAUGCAGUUCAGUUGUGUCAAGUUCUUUCGUUGAAGGAAAUACUCCAUACCACCUUUUUGCGAAUGGUGAUCACCCCACGCGUGGAAUAGAAACGGUUCAUUUACGCGAGGCGUGGGAAAGUUGGGAAAAUGACGAGUUCGUUUCCAAAAUGACAUUCAGUGACACUGAAAAGCUUCAUUUGACCACGCAACAUCAACAAACUGAGCACGCGGUAAUUAUACAACACGAGAAGAGAAUAUCCAGGGCCGGUAAAUCAAAUAAUAUCAAGUCAACUGAGUCACCUCCCUUGGCAAACAGUGCUCAGAGAGUUGACGACAGUUCACAGCUGCGUGGAAAUCAGAUUCUUAUAAACAGGAUAAACGGUUCUCACGUCAGAAAUUUGGAGAGUCCAAUACAGCAGGUGGAGCAGGUAUAUAAACGCAACUCAAAUCAUUCGAAACGUCCACGCAACAGGUAGGUUGGACAUUUCCCGUACCUCAGAGUCAAGUCGGUCAUCACAGGAUUGGUGUAGUGUUAUUAUAUGGCUGCUCAUGUUACUUAAUCUAAAUGUUGGUACAUAAUGUGAGGACCUUUGAAAAAUUGACAGGUGCCAAUUCCGUUCACUAGAACCAUUUAAAAAUGUUAGAGUACAAUAGAAAAUGUGAAGAUGAUACAUGUGUAUGAUACAAGAUGAGAUCGCAAAUAAAUAUGAUACGCGUGUAUGAUACAAGAUGAGAUAGCAAAUAAAUAUGAUACCUGUGUAUGAUACAAGAUGAGUUAGCAAAUAGUGACAAUACAUGUGAAUGAUAUAAAAAGAGAUAGCAAAAAUGUGAUGAUACAUGUUUUGUGAUGCAAGAUGAGAUAGUAAAGGUGAUGAUGCAUGUGUAUGAUACAAGAUGGGAUACACUGCUUGUCCGUUUCUUCUCACAAGGACAACGUUCAGUUCUCAACAGCUGGAGGCCAUGGAGCGAACCUUCAGGAAGGCACCAUACCCGGAUGUUGUGACGAGGGAAGAUCUGGCGCAGAGGCUGUCUCUGCACGAGUCACGUGUACAGGUCAGCCAUCUUUAGAAAUUGUCUUAGAGACCAAAUCAAAAUAAAAGCUUGUAUUUAAUAUAACAACAGUGGCACAGAAUGUUAUACUUCAUAUUGAUGUAGGAACUAGGAACAGAUGUAUAGUGUACAGGGUCAUUCAAAAGAGUAGGGGGUGAGGAGGGGGGGAUCCGCUGGGUGUCAUAUUUUUUACUUAAAUACUUAGAUAUUAGAAGAUACCUUUGGGGAAACGAGGGCGCUUAAAUAAAGAUUUAGCCUCGGACGUCAAUCUCUCUUGUCCUACUGGUGGUGAAAGAAAUGUAGAGAUAUAAAGAUUCCACAGUUGCAGAUAUUUCUUGCAAACACGAUUUGUAUAGAUGCAGGCGUGACUUAAUAUAUAAAAAUUAGACCAUGUUGUGUUACAUGUAAUGGCUCAAAGACAGAAAUCCCUAAGACGCGUAAGCAAAAGUCAGAUUUUGUCUGGCCUUUAAAUGAAAAUGUUAUCUCUGAUUUUAAUUAUCAUGGUGGAAUUUAUUUGAUGAUUAAAAAAAUAUUUGCAGGUGUGGUUUCAAAACCGAAGGGCCAAGUGGAGAAAAGGCGUGGGUCUAAAUCCUCACAGUAGACACCCUGAUGGUCAGUUACAUAGCUUUGCAUAGCAACAUACACCACAAAACAGUGAACAACAGACAUCACAACUCAAUGAACAACAUACAACACAACACAAUGAACAACAGACAUCACAACACAAUGAGCAACAUACAACACAACACAAUGAACAACAUACAUCACAACACAAUGAACAACAGACAUCACAACACAAUGAACAACAUACAACACAACACAAUGAACACAUACAUCACAACACAAUGAACAACAUACAUCACAACACAAUGAACAACAGACAUCACAACACAAUGAACAACAGAGAACACAACACAAUGAACAACAGACAUCACAACACAAUGAACAACAUACAACACAACACAAUGAACAACAUACAACACAACACAAUGAACAACAUACAUCACAACACAAUGAACAACAGACAUCACAACACAAUGAACAACAUACAACACAACACAAUGAACAACAUACAUCACAACACAAUGAACAACAGACAUCACAACACAAUGAACAACAGACAUCACAACACAAUGAACAACAUACAACACAACACAAUGAACAACAUACAUCACAACAGAAUGAACAACAGACAACACAACACAACACAAUGAACAACAGACAACACAACACAAUGAACAACAUACAUCACAACACAAUGAACAACAGAUCACAACACAAUGAACAACAGACAUCACAACACAAUGAAUAAUAUACAACACAACACAAUGAACACAUACAUCACAACACAAUGAACAACAGAGAACACAACACAAUGAACAACAGACAUCACAGCACAAUGAACAACAGAUCACAACACAAUGAACAACAGACAUCACAACACAAUGAACAACAGACAUCACAACACAAUGAACAACAGACAUCACAACACAGUUAGAGUCAAACUUUUUUACCCGAGUAUAAUACAGAAAUAGCAAUCCAUAGAACAUUAAAAAGAUGGAGAUUUCUUCAGUCUUCUUCUUACCCUCUUUGUUUCAGGUUGUGAAAAGAUUAUGACUAGAUUAUCGUGCAGUGCCGUCUUACCGAAUGGGCACAUUGGGCAGUUUCCCAGGGCCUCGCGCUUCUAGGGGCAUCAAUCAAUUUGGCCAUAUUGUUAAUGAACAUUGGAAGAUCUUCUGACAAUUUAAUUUGAUUUAAAAUUGUAGUGGGAACUAUUUUUUCUAAGUUUCUGUUAAAAAAAAAUUCGAUUUAGUAUUUAUAAACAACUAAAGUAAAAGAUUUGUAAAAACACAACCAGGUCAAGGUCAAGGUAACCUAAAUUUCCACCGGCAUUUCUUGUGUUGCUCGAUGACGAAGUGUAGACUGAUGUCAACAUAAAUUCGUGAACGCGGCAAAACGCAGCCCUGCAUUUUGAAUUUACCAAAUAAUUUUUGGUUAGGGGCUCACUGAGCCUCUUUCCCAAGCUCCAUCUCCACUUUUGUUAGGGAGACUUCAAGCUCCAUCUCCAUUUUUGUUAGGGAGACUUCGGUGCACUUGACGUCUGCUCCCCCCUCCCACCCAAUAUUAAAGUGACGACGACGGUACAAGCAACCAUUUUUGUGCGUGUCUACAAUGAACCGUUGUAAUGAAUAUGAUUUUCUUGAACUGACAAAAAUACGCCAUUCAAUUAGUUUACUGUAAAUAUAGUUGGACAAUAAAGAUGACAGGGACGAAACAAAGCUGUGUCCAGAAGCAAACCCUCAGGUGGGUGCCUCAGCCGAGCAUACCCUCAGGUGGGCGCCUCAGCCGAGCAUACCCUCAGGUGGGCGCCUCAGACGAGCAUACCCUCAGGUGGGCGCCUCAGCCGAGCAUACCCUCAGGUGGGCGCCUCAGCCGAGCAUACCCUCAGGUGGGCGCCUCAGCCGAGCAUACCCUCAGGUGGGCGCCUCAGACUGAGCAUACCCACUGGUGGGCGCCUCAGACGAGCAUACCCUCAGGUGGGCGCCUCAGACGAGCAUACCCUCAGGUGGGCGCCUCAGCCGAGCAUACCCUCAGGUGGGCGCCUCAGACGAUCAUACCCUCAGGUGGGCGCCUCAGACGAUCAUACCCUCAGGUGGGCGCCUCAGCCGGAAUGAAUGUACGUUUAUGUUUGGCGGGGUUCGCCAAUUCCUGCUGACCUUCGGUGACAUUAUUCUAAGUUCUCCACUGAUAGAUGCCCUGACAGAUGCCCUGAUAGAAGCCCUGACAGAUGCCCUGAUAGAUGCCCUGAUAGAUGCCCUGAAUUCCGUCCUGGCUCUUUAAAAGCCUCCCCCACCCCUUUUAAAAAAAAUAAAAUAAGUGAAACAGUCUUAAUUCUCCACUGACAUAUGCCCUGAUAGAUGACAUGAUAGAUGACCUGAUAGAUGCCCUGAUUAGAUGCCCUGACAGAUUCCCUGAUAGAUGCCCUGAUAGAUGUCCUGAUAGAAGUUGACCAUGACUCGUUGUUAAUACGGCCCAGAGAUUAUGGAAUUAGACAUAGUUCUAUUAAACAGUUAUUUAACUUUUUAACAUACAGCCAAUGCCACCAAAAGGGGAGGUAAACAUGAAGGGGAGGUAAACAUGAAGGGGAGGUAAAUAUGAAGGGGAGGUAAAUAUUAUACAUUUUUGGGGGCAUUUAAGAAGAAGAAGAAAAGUCCCAUUUCCCCAACAAUUCAAUCUGUUUCAUUUGUUUUGUUUUGUUAAGUAGAGCAGGACUCCAAGUGUUCGUCUGCACCUGGGAUACCAGGAAGAGCUGGUCAACCAAUGCAGUUGUUAUCAAAGUCGUGUGACAGUGACAGCUGUCAUGCCGUUGACACGAGCCAUGGUGCCAGGGAUGAGGAAAGUGUUUCGGGUAAUGAGAUUUCCAAUAAAUCAGGGCAUUCGGGAAGAGAUGUCUUUCCCUGAUAAAAUUUUCACCACCUUAUUUGCCUUAUUUGAAGAAACCAGAGUGGCAUUCACGGUUUGCCAACCUGGGAUGCCAUGUGGCAUUUCUUCAGGGAAUGCAAGGACUAUGAUUUUAUAACGUUAUGAACAGAGAAGACGUUCGCUCCUAAAUUAUUAUAUAUUUUAGAUAAAAGUUUAUUUUUAUUUAUUUUUUUAUCUUUCUUAUCAUUUUUCUUAAUAUGAUAGGUCACAAGUUUGAUUUCUAAUUUCCUCAGUUCUCUGUACCAUUCAAUAAGUUAAUUUGAAGUCCACUAUUUUCAAGCUUGAAAAGGCCUUCAUUUAGAAUAGGUUGCGAGACUAAUGAAAUAAUUGAGCAGUAUAGAAAAGAACCGUGAUCUAAUGGGUGUAACUGACUUAAAUAUUAGUUGGUAAUUACGCCUAUUUCCACAAAUUAUAACACAUAAAAAUAGCAUAAAUAGAAAUUUAAAUCAAUACUUCUUAUUAUUGUUCAACGUUUUAAAUGAGUGGUCACGUGAUCUUUAUUUGUUGUUUUUUAACCUCUGUGUAUUAGGUCAGAGGUCAGAUGAAACAACCAUACAACUCCCAGACGUCCUGACCCCAUCUCCCGCCCCACUGUCUCCCCCAACAGACGUGCCGGGCAAGCCGCCCCUUGAAAUCAGCCCGUCAUCCCCUUUCUUACCAUGGCACAUGAAAGAGCCACCCUUCUGGUGGUACCGGUACCUCUAUGGUGGCAUGACAUCACGACCAAUUUGUGCAUCAUCAAAGCAGCUGGUUGGAUCAGACUGUCAAAGUGACAUACCGGAUGGCAGUUGAAUACUUGAAUACUGUCCUACACGUAAAUAGACGAUGCAACGUAAUAAAAAUGUUUUUUUUUAAAAACUCAA